AACGUACUAAAAAAAAAAAAAAAUUCCCAUAAUUCCAAAAUAAAUUCCAUUUUUUUUUCUUAUUUAUCUUUUCUAUUUACACCUCUUAACCAUAUCAAUAAAAUGAAAUAAUAUAACAAAGAUUGGUGAUUGGUGUUAAAUUUUUUUGUAAUCAACAAGAAUACUAUAGUACUCACAUGAGUUUAGAUUUGGAAGAAGCUAACGAAACCCAACAAUUAAUGCAGAAUGAAGGUGAGGAGGAGGAGCAGAAGGCGUUCCAAUCGGCGACGUCGCCUGUUACCAGCAAUAAGAUGUCAAGCGGUGCGACCAGUCUUAGCUCACAACGGAACCCGCAAGUUCAACCUAGUUCAGGAACGAGUUUAAAUGAAUCCACGAAAGUAUCAUACAUAAACGAAAGACGAUUGCAACGAGAUUUGAUACGUUCAAAUUAUAAUAAUAGACCUAAACAUAUACCUAAAGAGGCACCAGAUGUGAAGCAUAUGGAAAAGGCAUUAUUGGAAUUAUUGGACGAUUUCCACACAGGAAAAUUAAGUGCAUUCGGUUCUGGUUGUAGUAUGGAGCAAAUGAUUAAUGUCAGAGAUCAGCAGGAACGUUUGGCUCGAUUACACUUUCGCUUGUGUGCUGAUGUAGAGAAGCCAACAGAUAACAGUUUUGAUAAUUCCGCUGCUCGGGACAAGAUGGCACAAUUGGUUCAAAGUCUUGAACAGUUGUCUGCUUCAAUAGAGCAUUUACAUUCAGAUGGAAACCAAACCAAUCCUACUAGUAGUCAAUGACUAGUUAGCCCUAUUUGAUAAGGGAAGAAAUCUUUAUUAUUAUUGUGGAGAUUGUUAUUAUUUUAUAAUAUUUACAAAAUUUAUUAAUCUUAAUUUAUAUUUAAUUGUCCAAAUGUGUUAGUCAUUUUAAUGUUUAGGUAUUUCAUAAUAGCAAGGGUAACAUAUGUAAAAGCUUAGAGCUUAGCUUAGUUUUUUUUUAGAUUAGAGGAUUUGAAAAGCUAUCAUAUAUAUAAAUUAUAUUUGGAUUUACUUUAUAUAAUCCACCAAGUUUAGGGGGCUUCUAGCACUAAGGCUAUAAUAUUGACAGACUAGUACAUUUACAUUGGCAUAUUAUACAAUAUGAAUCCCAUUAUGGUCUGUGUAGAGCAGGGUUAAAAACCCUGCUCUCAACUGAUCUGUUACACUACAUUGAUGUUUUAGGUAAAUGGAAAAUCCAUAUAUUGAAAUUUACCAGAGAUUUGGCAUAUAUCUUAAACCUACAGUUAUAAUUUUUAUACUUAUCUACCAAUUUUUAUUUAAUAAAUUAUUCAUCAAUGUUUGGUAGUUCCGUCAUUAAAAUUAUUUGUUGUUGUGCAUCAAAAUAGUUUGGUUAAAGUAAAAAUCAAAUUAAAUGUGAUGUUGUAUAAAAUAAAAUAAAAAGGUCAUGUUUACUAAUUAUUCAACUUUAUUAUAAGUAAAUUAUAUUAUUACAAAA